AUGUCUGCCGAAGUACACACCUGGACCUUCGCCAACUCUGAGGUACCUGACGAUAACUUCAGCUAUGAGCCCUCAAGCCUGCCGUUCGGAACGUUUGGUAGUCAUCGUGAUGUAGCAUAUUUUGUUGAGGAGACGACCAAUAUAACAUCACUACGCUACGACUCAGGCGUGGAUCUUCCAGGGUACAGGUCCAGCGACGAUAAUGCAGUCGUCGGACGUGACUGCACCAGUCCAGAUGCUGAGAUUGACCUGGAGGAGACAGCUAUGAGCAGCGUAGCAGCCCUAAGCUCGGGUACUCACAUGCAGUCGAGAUCUGGAACAUCUGGUGGCGUGCGGCAGGACGAUUCAGACUCAUGGAUGUGGGACCUUUUUGACUUAGACGCCAUACCCUCAAACCACAUCGACUGGCUUGAGUGGUUCCCACCAGCUGCCGAGGAGCUUGACAACGAGCGGAGUACCGAUGACGAUGACUUCUCCAUACACUCUACACAGUCUCAAUCUCGGGCAUCCAUCCGGAGCAUGCUGGGCCGCAUGCGCAGCAAACGGGUUGCUGGACCCUACCAUCGUAGCAGUACCAUUCGUCCGUACCAGCGUCUACUUGAGAACUGCUUGUACUGCUCUGAACCUUGGGAGAGAGAAGACAAGGCGCUUCGUCAACACUUGGACCAACACAUACAGGAUCUGUUUUCCAAAGCCAACGCAUUCUGUGAACAUUGCCAAGUCUUGUUCGUGACUCAAGACGCCCUGAAUCGACAUCAACGAACUGUGGCGCUCAACAGCUGCUGUAGCCUUCCGACAGGUCACUCGGAUAUCUGUGACGGAAAUCCUUGUGGCUUCGACUUCAACCACCUCGAGCUGUACACUGGUCACCAUCCCAUGGCUGACCUCCGUGCUCAAUGGUCAGAUCAUGAUCGCCUCAAAUACGGUCAACUCAUGCGGGAGCUAGCCUCGCAGGCCACUGCUCUCCGGAUCCAAGCGGCAAAGGUAGACAUGCAUGCCCGAGUACGACGCCUCGUACCAAGCAUCUUCUCCUGGCUCUCGGAGCCGCAUGGAGAAACCUAUGAUGUCGAAGAUCUGCAGCUUUCACUAUCCAAAUUGACCGUGAACAGCUCCAACCGACGUACGAGUAUGAGACGUGGCUUGGCGCGGAUAGUGGGCACGCAGCUUGAGCUUGAUACUCAGCUGUACUUGUCAGUAGCGAAGAAUGACCUACCCAGUGUCGCACGUCUCGUCGAACGUGGGGCAAGCUGUCACAGGGCAUUGUUACAGGCGAUCAAACGUGGCGACUGCAACGCCGUCAAAGCCCUGUGGGCUGUAACUGGCACGCUCCUUGCCGAGAGCGACCUGACGGAAGCUAUAGUCAAAUACGGCACUUCAGCAUUCAACGCCAUUUCAGAGGCCCACAUAGAGCUCAGCAGAGCGUGUGCACUUGAGAUGCUGUACUUGGCUCUCCACAAAGUGUUCGGCCCAGACGAUGAAGCGAACCAUGCGCUACUUCGACUUGCUCUGCUACACAUCCCGAACAUAAAUUCUCCAGGUCUGAGCAACGACGCGGUGAUGGAGUUGAGGAGAGCAGUCCAGCAGAUGACGAACAUCAAGCUGCUCAUAUACAAUGAUGGAAGUAGUUCACCACUGGCAUGGGCCGCGGCCGGCCGUGAUAUAGAGGCUGCCCGGUUGUUGGUGGCUGGUGGAGCAAUCGCAGACCACAUCACUGUCCUUAUUGUGUUCGAUCGAAACCCGGAGCAUAUGAAGAUGGCGUGGGUGGAGGCGUUACUUGGCAACGCCACCGGGCCAUCCCAGGCACAUGGCUCUCAAAUCAUGGUGUCAUGA